UUAAUAAUUCUUUCUUUCACUGUUUCCUCUGUUCCGGUUGUCACGUGAAUUUCAGCAACGAAAGCAUAGAGUAGCUUAAAUGUACAAUAUUCGUAUAGAUGAAUGGUUGUUAGUUGUUUGGAUGUGAAGAAUUACACGAAACAAAUGUAACUGCAUUAGGCCAUAUAUCCGAUAGCUGUGUUUGUGAAUGAUACAGUUACGACGAGUGUGUCAUAAAUGGAUUGUCAACCUCGAGGAAGAGGAGGGCGAGGAAACCGGAAUGAAGAGAACAGAGAUGUGUGUCUGUCUAAAUCUCUGUCUUAUGCAUUACGUCACGGUGCCAAUAAGACGGGUCUGCAGAUGAACUCGGAUGGUUUUGUGUUUGUGGAGGAACUUCUCGCUCAUCAGCAGUUCCGCUCGUUUUCACUGGAGGAUGUGGAGCGAGUGGUGGCCACCAACGACAAACAGCGAUUCAAGCUUUGCAACCACCCUGAGGAUGGUCGUCUUCAGAUACGAGCCAAUCAGGGCCACUCAGUGAAGGUUACAGAUCUGGAGCUGAGAGCAGUAGCACUUGAUGACCCAGACUAUCCAAGAGAAGCUGUUCAUGGCUCAUAUAUGAAACACUGGCCCUCAAUCCGCAGUCAGGGCAUCAGCAGAAUGAACAGAACUCACAUACACCUGGCGCCUGGGCUUCCUGGAGAGGGCGGAGUCAUCAGUGGAAUGAGACAGAGUUGCGAUCUAGCUGUGUAUAUUGAUGUUGCGAAAGCUAUGUCAGAUGGGAUUCAGUUCUUCUGGUCAGAGAAUGGCGUACUCUUGACCCCUGCAGAUGCUGCUGGGAUGUUAGCACCGUGCUAUUUCUCUCGAGCACAAAGACUGAAACCCUCACCUUGUGAAAUUGAACUACAUUAGCUGUUGGAGAGGAUCUCCUUCUGACCUCAAAACCAAAAACCGGAGAUUGAACUUUUGAAAGCAUUAAAGUAGAAUAUCUGUUUCUAAGAAAAAAAUCUUCUAAAUAAAAACAACACAUUUUUUGUUAGAACAA